GAGCAUGACUUUGCACCGCGUUGACCACGUGAGCAACGCUUGGUGAUCACGUGAAGGCAUCCUGCAGUCUGUCUGCAUGCUACUUUCUCAUUCAGAUGUGUGCGUACAUGUCUGCGGUUUGUUUGGCGUCCACGUGAAGGCACUUUUUGGAAAACCGCGAGAUGAACAGCGACAACUUUAACCUGAGCGAGAAGAUUGUGUCACCUUCCUACAUCCGUCAGGGAUCGCAGGCUCGCCGUGGCCAUGAGCAACUCAUCAGACAGUUACUGGAACAAGGAAAGUGUCCCGAGGAGGGAUGGAGCGAGAGCACUGUUGAGCUCUUCCUCAGCGAGCUAGCUGUGAUGGACAGCAACAACUUCUUGGGUAACUGUGGAGUAGGAGAGAGAGAAGGCCGGGUGGCAUCCAGCCUUGUGGCAAGACGACAUUACAGGCUGAUCCACGGCAUCGGCCGGUCAGGUGACAUCGCUGCUAUUCAGCCUAAAGCUGCAGGAUCCAGUCUGCUUAACAAACUGACCAACUCAGUUGUCCUGGACGUCUUAAAGCUUGCAGGCGUCCGGAGUGUGGCCAGCUGCUUCGUGGUACCCAUGGCUACAGGGAUGAGUUUGACUCUCUGCUUUCUGACCCUUCGUCACAGGAGACCCAAAGCCCGCUACAUCAUUUGGCCUCGCAUCGACCAGAAGUCCUGUUUCAAGUCUAUGAUCACAGCAGGCUUUGAACCUGUGGUCGUGGAGAAUGUGCUCGAGGGCGAUGAGCUGCGGACAGAUUUGGAAGCAGUUGAACGCAAGAUUGAAGAGCUCGGAGCUGAAAAUAUCCUGUGUGUUCAUUCAACGACUUCUUGCUUCGCCCCACGGGUCCCUGACAGGCUUGAGGAGCUGUCAUCUCUCUGCAGCAAGCAUGACAUCCCCCACAUAGUUAACAAUGCAUAUGGUGUACAGUCGUCCAAAUGCAUGCACCUCAUUCAGCAGGGUGCUCGUGUGGGAAGAAUCGAUGCCUUUGUACAGAGCCUGGACAAGAACUUUAUGGUUCCAGUAGGUGGUGCUAUAAUUGCAGGCUUUGAUGAGUCGUUCAUACAGGAGAUAAGCAAGAUGUACCCAGGGAGAGCAUCAGCCUCACCUUCCCUCGAUGUCCUCAUUACCCUUCUCACACUGGGAGUCUGUGGCUAUAAGAAAUACUUGUCAGAAAGAAAGGAGAUUUAUUCGUUCCUGGCUGAGCAGCUGAAGAGUCUGGCUUCUGCACACGGGGAGAGGUUGCUUCACACCCCGCACAACCCCAUUUCUCUGGCCAUGUCUCUAGAUGGUCUCCAGGCCAACAGCGACAAGGCGGUGACUCAGCUAGGAUCCAUGUUGUUCACCCGACAAGUGUCAGGAGCCAGGGUGAUACCACUGGGCAAGGAGCAGACCUGUUUUAUCUGUGUGGAGUUUUCCUCCUACUAA